CCGGGAGACCCAGGCGCGAACUCGGACUUUGUCUUUGGGGGCCCGUGCUCGGGCCCUUUCUCGGUUUCCGGUGGGGGGGUCCCAGAGGAGCCUCCGUUCCUCCCCAGCCUUUUUUCCACCAUGUCCAAGAUGCCGGCCAAGAAGAAGAGCUGCUUCCAGAUCACCAGUGUCACCACGGCCCAGGUGGCCACUAGCAUCACCGAGGACACCGAGAGCCUGGACGACCCGGACGAGUCGCGCACGGAGGACGUGUCCUCGGAGAUCUUCGACGUUUCUCGGGCCACGGAUUACGGCCCCGAGGAGGCGUGCGAGCGCAGCUCCUCGGAAGAGACGCUCAACAAUGUCGGGGAUGCGGAAACUCCCGGGACCGUGUCCCCGAACCUCAUCCUAGAUGGGCAGCUGGCAGCCGCCUCCGCCUCAGCGCCCGCCAACGGAGGCGGCAGCGUGUCGGCCCGGAGCGUGGCGGGGGCACUCGCCCAGACCCUGGCGGCGGCGGCGGCGGCGUCCGCCACUUCGGUGUCCACUCCCGGGCCGAGUAGCGCAACUCCAUCUCAGCCCCCUGCCACUUGUAGUUCCCGUUUCCGCGUGAUCAAACUAGACCACGGGAGCGGAGAGCCGUACCGGCGCGGCCGAUGGACGUGUAUGGAAUACUACGAGCGGGAUUCAGAUAGUAGCGUCCUCACUAGGUCCGGGGAUUGCAUUAGACACAGCAAUACCCUGGAGCAGACUGCGGAGCGGGACAGCGGCUUGGGCGCCACCGGAGGGUCGGUGGUGGUGGUGGUGGCCUCCAUGCAGGGGGCGCACGGGCUGGACUCGGGACCUGACAGCUCCUUGACUGCUGUGUCACAGCUACCCCCGUCGGAGAAAAUGAGCCAGCCCACUCUCGCCCAGCCGCAGAGUUUCAGCAUUGGGCAGCCACAGCCUCCGCCGCCCGUAGGUGGGGCUGUGGCUCCAAGUUCGGCGUCGCUACCGCCGUUCCCGGGAGCGGCGACCGGGCCGCAGCCAGUGACGGCAGCCGUUCAGCCAACCCAGCUCCAGGGAGCGGUGGCCGGCGGCGCCCUGCCCGGGCCUGUGGGUCAGGGGCUGCCGCCGCCACCACCGAGUGUCAACCUCGCGCAGCCCGUGGCCUUGGCAGCUCAGCCCGGCCCGGCGGUCGGCUCUUCGUUGUCGCAGCAGUUCGCCUAUCCCCAGCCUCAGCUACCACCCGGGCAUUUGCUGCCGGUCCAGCCAUCCGGCCAGAGUGAGUACCUGCCGCCGCACGUGGCCCUGCAGCCGCCAAGUCCUGCGCAGCCCUUGUCUACCUGUGCUAGCGCGACCUCUGCUUCCGCAGCCAGCUUUCCUCUGGGGUCCGGCCAAGGCGUGUCCUCCUUGGGUGCCCAGAUGAUGGGCGCCUCUGCCCAGCCCAGUGAAGCUGUGGCCCCGGGUCCGGUUCCUGUAGGCCAGGCCGCUCCUUGUCAGCCGGCCGGAGUGGCCCCAGCUGCUCUAGGAGGCGUGGUGCAGCCAGGCUCCGGGCUUACUGGGGUUGGGCAGCCCCAGCCCGUGCAGCCUCCGCAGCAGAUGGGUGGCAGCGGUCAGCUGCCAGCCGUGCCUGGGGGUCCUCACACCGUGGUGCCCGGAGUUCCAAACGUGCCUGCAGCGGUACCCGUUCCAAGCGUGCCUAGUGUGCCCACCACUUCUGUUACUAUGCCAAAUGUACCCGCGCCUCUGGGCCAGUCUCAGCAGCUGAGCAGCCAUACACCAGUCAGCCGAAGCAGCAGCGUGAUCCAGCAAGUUGGCCCACCCUUAGCGCAAGGCACACACAGUGCACCGACAAGUCUACCCCAGUCUGACCUAAGCCAGUUUCAGACUCAGACCCAGCCUUUAGUCGGGCAAGUUGACGAUACUAGAAGAAAAUCUGAACCCCUACCUCAAGCACCACUUUCUCUCAUUGCUGAAAAUAAGCCUGUUGUGAAACCUCCAGUUGCAGAUGCCCUGGCAAACCCUCUUCAGUUAACACCUAUGAACAGUCUGGCCACCUCUGUAUUCAGCAUAGCUAUUCCUGUUGAUGGUGAUGAAGACAGGAAUCCUUCAACUGCUUUCUACCAAGCGUUCCAUUUGAACACGUUUCAGGAAUCAAAGAGCCUCUGGGAUAGUGCAUCUGGGGGCGGUGUUGUAGCCAUUGACAACAAAAUAGAACAAGCAAUGGAUCUGGUGAAAAGCCAUUUGAUGUAUGCAGUAAGAGAAGAAGUGGAAGUUCUAAAGGAGCAAAUAAAAGAAUUAGUGGAAAGAAACUCUUUACUUGAACGAGAAAAUGCACUGUUAAAAUCUCUUUCAAACAAUGAUCAGUUGUCCCAACUCCCAGCCCACCAGGCCAAUCCUGGUAGCACUUCUCAACAACAAGCAAUGAUAGCACAGCCUCCUCAGCCAACGCAACCUCCACAGCAGCCGAAUGUCUCCUCAGCAUAAAGCUUUCUUAAGCCUCGUUAAGGAAAAAACUGAAAGCAAUCUUUCCUUGUGUGCCACUGGUGUUCUUUCCACUUUAUAGAAAGCAAGUAGCCAUGCUUCGGCUGUGUGCUUGGCCUUUUCAGUAUUAGACAAUCGUUCUACAGGAGCUUUCCCUCUAAGACGUCAUGCAGCACUGUUGAUGUCCACUUGUGUAUCAUCAGUACACGAGGAGAAUACUAGAUGGGUUUAUUAAAGCAAGCAGAGUCUGCAUUCUACAUGUGCGCAUGAGUGGGAUCUUAAAAGUUUUGGUGGCUCUCCCAUUUUCUUACCACCCAUGGAUGUACCUUGAGCCUUCCCGUCACAUUAUAAAUAACAGUUCAUCUAAAGAGCCACUUUUCUUUCAAUAUCAGUAACAUUUGCCUACAUAAGUUUUCAUUUAUUUUGUGUUUUAUUUAUUACAGGGCUGCUAUUUUCAUAUUGUACAUGAACAAUGUCACAGAACUUUUUUAAUUUUCUUGAAUAAUUAUAAGUAUCAGUAAAGGAAUUGAAUGACAGGAUUACAUUUAAUAAAAACAUUUACGCAAUAAUUGAACAAAAGAAUCCUGGCAUAUUUCUAACACUAAUGGCAAUUUACCGUUGGUAUUUAUUUUCAAUAGUAAAGAUCCAGCUUGAAUGUAAAUUUUGUAUAGUUGUAAGUAUGAAAAACACAGUGCACCUGUACAGGUAGUCACCAGUUAUUGUGAUAUAAUAAAUAAUUGGGCUAUUUUCAUGAAGAAAACUUUGUUCAUUUGUUUCUACUUUCUAAUAGAAAUUGCCACGAUUCCUCUGCUUUUCAACAUUUCGUAUGACUUUUUUUCCUUUUUUUUUUUUCUUUUAUUUUUUGGGUGGGAAUAAAAAAGCUGUGAAAUUGUUCAACCUACUUUGUAACCAAAGAAGCAAAGCUGUGUAAUGGAGUUUUGUUUUGUUUUAUAAUGCACAUUCUUUAUGUAUUUUUAUUUAGUGUUUUCUUGGUCACAAUUUUCUUUGCUGUCUAGCAUGAUCUGCAUGGCCUGUAAUCUUUGAACCACUUUCGUACCUCAUGUUUUUAUCCAGCACUCUUAUUGUACUGUGUACUAGUCUGUGAACAAUGUCAAAUAAAAAAGAACGAACAGGUCGUAUGGUGGAGCUGAGCUAGUGUACAAUGCACCAGUUGUACAGAAACAAAAAUGAAGUGAGCCAUCUUUUGUUCAUUUAAAAUGGUGUUUUGAAUUUCAUAUGCAGAAAACGUUUUGUUACAUUGCAGAUUUUAAUGUAUUUAAUAAAUGCAACAUGCAGAUUAAGUGCAGUGUAUACUGAGUAUUUAAAUUAAAAUGUACAUUUCAUAAAUACAGUUUCAAGAGAAAGCAUCAUUUUGUGUAUACUAACACAUUAAGUGUAUGUCAGAAAUUGAUGUAAAAAUAUAUAUUUUAACACAUUUUCUGAAAUUAAACUACAGUUUUGUUCAAAUAUUUGGCUCUAUAUGUGUUAAGAAUUUGACUAGAUUUGUAUUUUCACAGUUCAAAAUAUUCCUUAAGUGAACACCCAUGAUGUUAAUGACAAUGAUAGUUCUUAAAUUUUCAAAGUAAAAUAAUUUAAAGAACACAAGAAUGGUGAGCAAUAUUUGUACUCAAUAUUCAUAUUAUGUUAACAAUAUAAAUAGGAAAUCCUCGUCUACCAAAACUUUUACUUGAAUUCAGAAAGGUGCCUGUAGAAAUUAACAUGUCCUGUAUGGAUAGCCCACUAGCAAAUUAAGUCUUAAUGAGAAACAGUAGUUAGCUUUCCAUGUUAGAAGAGGUUAAAUGUUCUUUAUCUAUUUGAAACGUUCUAGCUUCAAACAAAAAGCAUAAAAUUGAAACAUACAUGAGAUUACCAAAUAUUUCCUAAUCUAGUUGUGCCACAAGAAAUGUUCAGUAAGCAAAAUUUCCAUGUUAAUUAGUAAUAUUAGAAUUACUUAAAAGAACUAGGUAAGUAUGUAGACUUGAAUAUGUAAUAACCCUAAGGAUUCAGAGUGAGAUUCUAGUAGAGCCACUAUGGGCAAGAUAGGAUGUGAAACUGCUGUUGGAAUAUAAACCUAAAGAUUUCUCUCUAUGCCCUUCAUUGCUAAUAGUGUGGUACUUCAUACAAAGAAUGUUAGAAAAGGGUUGCAGAAGGAGACAGUUAAAUGGUAGAUGGCUGCCAAGAAUGCACAAGAUCUUGUUUGAUGCCUGGCACUUAAAAAAAUGAUUUUUGCGGAAACAAAUAUAAUAGUAUCCACCAAGGAAGUCAUUAAUACUCUAAGGUUAAACAUGGUGAUAUAGAAACAAGCAAAGUAUAAUAGUACCCACCGAGGAAAUCAUUAAUAUCCUAAAGUUAAACAUGGUGACAGCAAUUGCUACUAAUAGUUUUUUAAAGGAGCAAAAAUCCUAGAAAAUGGCUAAUAAAGAUUCCAAAAUAAUUGACUUCUGAUAAACUGAAAUGCAAAUCAUUUUAAUCAAUUAUAUCUUUUAAAUGGUAGGAAUUAAUGUAGUAAGGUGGGCUUUUCUCCAGAAUGAAAUUUGCCAGUGUAUAAUUAAGAGCUUUAAAUAUUACACAAGCUCAGAGGUGUGAUACUUAAGGAGCAGUAUUCAAGAAAUGCAAUGGCGUGCCUGUCCUAUAUAUUCCUUCCUAGGAUACAAAGGUUUUAUUGAUUGCCUACCUUGUUCUUUACCUAAAGUUGUGUAAUGAAGUUUACAUCUAAAUCUUUUCCAUUUCCAUGAGGUACACUGAACUCCAGAGUCAGGAACAAGGUGAGCCCAGGUAUUGUGCUUUUAUUUGGGAAUAUUUGAAUAAUUUCUUCCUAAUUGGUUUGUUAAGGAUCUUCAUUUAGAUUAGAUUUUUGUUGGGGUUAAAGUCAUUGAAUAUCUAGACUAUGAACUAGUUGAAAUUCCAAUUUGUGAGGUAAGUCUUAUGAGAAGUCACCUACCUUUAAUUUUCUGUCUCAGCCUAUGGACCAGGUGCUAAUACAUAAGCUUUAUGUUGGUUUAAUUUUCUAAUACAGCACUGCAUAUACAGUUGAAAACUAACUUUGCCCAAAGGAAAUUGUUUUUUAGGUAGUCCUAAUGUAAUCUUAAGAUCUAUCCAACAAAACAAAAAAGUAUAGGGAGUUGGAGAAUUAAGCAUUCUGCUAUUUUAACUGUUAGAUGAAGAAGCUAUUAAGCCCCAAUGGCAUGCCCUUUAUGACGGAUGUCAUUUCUCUUCAGUGAUUUUGUUGAAGGUGAAAGGAUUCACAAUUGAAUUGAGGCUACACAAACAAACCAGUGACAAGAAAUACAGUAAAGGAUGGCUUUCUUGGGGUUCCUGAAAUGGUGACAUCUAAUUCUUGGAGGUCACAAGAGGAAAAGUGUGUUCCAAACACAAGGAACGCCUACUCAAAGCUCUGAAAAGCAUAAACAGGGCUUCUAAAGAGCAUAGAAUUUUGUGGGAGGAAAACUAGAAAUAACUGCCCCAUCAGUGUUGGUAGUUUGGCAUUAUUAACAAGAAUGACUCGUUGGGUGACGGCUAGUGGGAGAAGCUCAGUUCGGUUCAUUGGUUUAGUGGUGGGUAGAAACUGGAGACAGUUUAGAAAAAUCCAGAAAAGUGGUGAGAGCCUUUCCACGGGGCAAAUUGAAGUGUAUUGAGAGAAUUCUUCAACCCUCUCUCAGUGACUAUUCCACUUCCAGAAUCAGCACUUUGUUCUCUUUGUUUUUUUGUUUUGUUUUUGUUUCUGAGAAAAAAGCACCUCAGCCAAUACUUAUAAGUUUAGUCAGUCUCAUGCCAGUAGCUAUGCAUCUCUACAAAAUUAAGGUCUUUGUUUCCUGUUGAAGGAAUUGCAAGAAUCUGACCGAAGAGUGGGGCAAGCAGGAAUUUGGUCACUCUGUGCCUCUGUAGACCCAGCCCAGUGGUAAACAAUUGAAUCUUCCUCCGGUGACUGUGGUCACCAUAAUUCCACAACCUUUCUAGUUCCUUGCUUCCUGAAGAGAUAGUAUGGAUUCUGACUCCAGUGCAAGUACUGACAUCUAAGAAUAGGUUUUCCUUUAACUUUGCCUUUCAUUCUCUAACAUAGGUCAAUCAGCCCUGCAGCCUUCUCUUCAAUACUCUGCUAAUGCAGUAACAGAUCUCUUCUGCCCCUGCUUCAAGCCCCUAAUAAUUCGUGUUUCAAUUUUCUAAUACUAAUAUCCUCUGAUGUUUGCACCAAUUGGCCCACCGUUUGAUCUUCCAGGGUACAUCCCUGUCAUAUUUCCAUAGCAGGUUACAAAAUUCUCUAUUUCAAUCUCUUUCCACGCAUUUUUCCUAUAUAUGUGAAGGGUUAUAAUACAAGAGUUCCCUUAGUGAUCUAUAUUGGUCUGACAUGUUCAAAUGGAGGAAUUGCUAAGUGGGUACUAUAGAAAGCAAGUUAAAAGUUCACAGACUUGCACUUUUUCAUUUCUCUCUUGUUUUAAUGGAAUUUAAAAAAUGACCAGUCUUUGAGGGACUUGUAAUUAAUGAUGGCAAGAUAAGCUGUUAUUUUGAGAUGACACAGUCUACUUGGAAACUAAAUUUGUUCAACACGAUUGGAUAGUGAAUGAGCUUUAUGUUUCCUUUUCUCACCAGGGAAACUGAUAAAUUGGGCGGUUUGCAGUUUCCUUACUGCCUUUCAGAGAUCCAGAGUCCUUAUGUUUACAGACUAGGACCUACCCCCACAGAAGCCAUAAUGUUCCUGAAAGAAGGAAAGGAAAGAGAUCGCUAACUUUAGAAAAGGUAAUUGGAGGUUAAGGCAAGCCAAAUGACACACUUCAGCGUACCCAUAAUAAAAGUUAAGGUUACUUAUAGUGCCAAUUGUUUGCAUGCUUUCAUUAUUUCCAUAAAAUAACCAUAAAGUGCUCUUGCCCACUGCAAUUCAAAAUGUCUUCCAGAUGAUACUUUCUGUCAUCUUGCAAUUAGUACAUCAAUAGAUAAACCCAAAGAAGACUGCAGACAAGGAAGCAUUUCCCACAUAUGGCAUAUAUAAUACUAGGCCAGUGUCUAGUUCUUGCUCACUGAAAAAUAAAAAUAUGUAAAUCCCUUAAUAAGGUAGUAGUCUUCACAGAUAAAUAUGCUGAUGUUUGGGGAAAUAUUUGGGCUUUAUUUGUAUUUUUAUUUCCUAGAAACGUUGAAAAGCAGUUUAAUUCUUAACUUAGGUGCUUAACCCUAUAUUGAAUGUUUGAGGAGAGAGAGCAGUUUAGGACAUGAUCUGUGCCCCCUCUCAAACUCCAGGAUCUCAUCAUCCAAUGUGAAAGUAGAAGCUAAAGUACCAUGUUGCUUAUCCACAAAAAAUACAGUUUAUAGACUUUGUUAGGUGGAAGGUUCUCUAAUAAUUUGCUGUGUCAUGUGAAAUCCUUUGCCAUUGCCAGGCGAUAACUUAAAUUGCCAAAAAGAUUUAGCAUCAAAUAAUCCUCCUGGAAAGCAGAAACCAGACAAAAGACGACUUUUCAUACCUAUACUGACUCCCAGAAGAACUAAUCUGAGAGAAAAGUUUACACAUUUAAUACUCUCACUUUGUAGAUAAUUGAUCUAAUUUAAUCUAAUUUGACUAGAAUUUCCAUGUCAUGAAUUAUAUUGUCUUGUCUCAUAAGCAACAUACAUUUUGGCUGUCCUAAUCAGCUAUUAUUCAAUGAAUGAAGUUAAUAACUCAGGUACCUGAUGCCAAAAAUGAAUCUCCACUAGGACUGAGAAUUCUGAGAUAAAUAUAAGGCUGUAAUGCUAGGUAAGUGGUAAGCCUUACAGUUCAGAUCAGUAGGGAAAGAAUGGCUAAGUCAACAGGUAGUACUGAGACUGUGUACCCUUUGAGGGUAAAGAAAGUAAGCUUAGCUCUCUCAAAAAAUUGAAAAUCCCAGCUACACUAGAAGUUAGUCUUCUACUUUGUGAAAUUCAAAACCUUGAUAAUGCAUGAAAGUGAAUAGUCUUACAAAUAAAUUGUGAAGAGAUACUCAGGCUCAGCAAAGCAAAGCUCACAUGAGACACACACACUCUCAGAUCCAGUCGGUGAACAGACACACAAAGGUUAAGAGCUGACAAAUGUGGAAAAACAGAAAUCUGAUGUCGUAAAGUUUGCAUAGCCACUUUUAAAGGCGGCUGGAUGGUCUCCAGUAAAAUUGAAGUUUUAGAUGCCCUGUGACCCAAUGGAUCCAAUUUUCCCUAAAGAGACACACAUAUUCACAAGGCAGCUUCUAAUAUAAACUUGGAAAAAUCAAAAUCUAACAAGAUAGUGGAAUAUGCUAGAUGCUAUAAAAUAUUAGGUAUCAGUGAAAAAGAAUGAAGGAGGACUGUAUGCUGACAGUAAAUCUCUAGGAUGCAAUGUUAAAUUUGUUAAAAGUUUGGGGGGAAAUACAUGUAAUACACAUGAUACUGUUGAUGUUUUUUUAAAAAAGAAAAACAUGCCAUACACAAUACUGUAUAGUGUAUUUCUGCAAAUAACUAUCUGUGUACAAUACAAGUAGAGAGUUUGGAAGGAUACUAAUCAAGCUGUUUGCAGUAGUUUGGCGGUGUGUGUUAGCUUAAAGUGUAAUAUUUGAUGUUUGUGAAUUUGCAUUCAUGUACUGUUUCUGUAGUGACAUUAAUAAAUUAGAAAUAAAAAGAAAUA